AGAUGCCUGGUCAGCUUCGGAGAUCCUGCCAGCAGUUACGCUGCCGCCGGUACAGACGUCCAUGUCAUUGAAAUACGCAAUACCUCUCUCUUGCACCAUUAAUGCUACGGUUGGUCAGAACUGAUGCAGCUAACUAAUCCACCAGUAAGAAAACAUCUCUAAAGGCGUAUCUGCGUCUGCCUCGCCCCUGGGAGAAGUCAUUCUUCUGGCCAGACGUAGCGGCCGCCACUCCGCUCUCCGCUGAUAAACUUGCCGAAACAUUUCCAGGCGGAGCGCCGUGUGAUGCCGGGCGUGGGCGCGCAGGAUGGCGCCCCCCGCUAGCUCCAGCCCCAGCGCAGCCGCCCCCAGCCUCUGCCUCCGCCUCCGCCUCCGCCCCCGCAGCCGCGACCGCCCCCGCAGCUGGCCGCGGCGGCCUCCGCUAGCAGCCGACAUGCUCCAUGAUGGAGAGGAAGCGCUCCAGCCGCCGCUACCGCUACCGCCCGCGCAAGAGCUGGGCCGAGCGCUGCAAGGACUACCUGCGACACUUCCUCGCCUUCAUGUUCAGCAAUGUCGGCAUCAUUGGCCUGGUGGUGGGCUACACGAUCGCGGGCGCGUUCAUGUUCAUGGCGAUCGAGGGCUCGGAGCCGGGCUGGCCGGCGCACGAGGCGGAGCGCAUGCGCAGCGAGACGGCGGCGCGCCUGUGGCGGCUCACCGAGCAGCUCAACCCCAUCCCGGGGCGCGCGCGCUGGGCCGAGGCCGUGGCGCCCGAGCUGGCGCGCUACCAGCGAGACGUGGUGCGCCUCGUGCGCGACGGCUUCGACGGCAGCAGCGUGCGCCCGCGCUCGCAGUGGACCUUCUCGGGCGCCUUCCUCUACUCGCUCACCGUCAUCACCACCAUCGGUUACGGCAACGUGACGCCCAAGACUGAGUGGGGGAAGCUGGCGACGAUCGUGUACGCCAUCGUGGGCAUGCCGCUGUUCCUGCUCUACCUGUCCAACAUCGGCGACAUCCUGGCGCGCAGCUUCAAGUGGACGUUCGCGCGCCUCUGCCUGUGCCGCGGAUGCGCCCGCCGCCGCCGCCUCCCGCCGCCUCCGCCGCCGGCCCCCUGGCAGAGGUCGUCAUCGGCUCCAGCGUCCUUCCAGGAGUUCCAGAUGGAGCGCCGGGCGCCCCCGAUGCGCCGUUCGUUGGGCCAGCGACCCCUGGGAACGGGGGCGGACGUGGGGGUGGGCGUGGGCGGUCUGCGCGACCUCGACGGCGGCGGCGCCUUCUCCGAAGACGGCGUCGUCUCCGACCCGGAGGCCGACGAGGACCUCGACGACUCCGCUGACGAGGACUCCACCAGCAGCACGUCCAGCUACGACCCGCAGUCCGUCACCGUGCCCGUCACCCUCUGCCUGGCCAUCAUGGUGGGGUACGUGUGCGGGGGCGCCUUCCUGUUCUCGGAGUGGGAGUCGUGGGACUUCCUGGACGGCUCGUACUUCUGCUUCAUCAGCCUGAGCACCAUCGGCUUCGGCGACAUCGUGCCCGGCGAGAAGAUCUACAGCGAGGGCAUCGAGCUGAGCUUCAUCUUCUGCAGCAUGUACCUGAUGCUCGGCAUGGCGCUCAUCGCCAUGUGCUUCAACCUCAUGCAGGAGGAGGUCGUCCACAAGAUCCGCUCGUGCGCGCGCUCCGUGCGCAACUGCUUCGGCUGCCGGUGACACAGGUAGAAGAGCCACAACGAGACCGCCAAAACGCAGAGUCCCGCCCUUUGGCGGCACCGUCGCUGCGAUUUCCGGCUUCGUCCAAAGAGGCGGCGCGCCGGAAGAAUGCCCCUGGCCAGCGGCGGCGGAGGAGGCGCCGCACGACUUCAAACGGCCGGCCGCCUGCCGAGUUUUGUGUGCGCCUCGUGCUGCAGGCUUUGUGCAGCCGCGAUUGCUGCGGAUUAAGGUGCGGCGGGCGGGCGGGCGGUCGCACAGACGUGCAAAUUGCUUCCCGCCCGCGCUGUCCGCGCCAAAAUUGUCCCGCGUCGGCGAGACACACGGCAGCGGCAGCGGCGGGGGCGGAAACGGCGGCUAAUGAAGGCGUGUAAAUUGCGAACCGAGCAAAAGAGGCGGAAGAAGGAGACGGCGCCGAGAAACUUCUGUGGGGGGAAGGAUGGUGGCGCCGGACUUAAUUCCCCCUUGCUUUUUCCUCGCUAGGUCCAAUGGCGUGAUUCCCAAGAUGAACAUUCAUUUUGUGUGUGUGUGUGUGUGUGUGUGUGUGUGUGUGUGUUGGCGUGAGGGCUGUAAGAGGGUGCCCAGACGAGACAAGAAUAGGAGCCGCGAUUUGCUAGUCGGAACUGUAGGUGAGAAAUAAAUAUUGAAAAAUCGCAAGCCACCGGUUCUGUUGGGAUGUAAAGUGGAUCUUGGGCGCGUUGAUUGCCCAGGUGCGCGGCAUUGAACGCGUGGCGGAAUGAGGAUGCAUUAUUAAGAGCGGCGCCUAGCCGAGUUCGCGAGGCACCUGUUCGGCUGGGAGCAGGUCCGUGCGCGGCCGGUCCCAGAUGCCUGUGUCAGCUUUUGCGCCUGCCACCAGAGCGGCUGCGAAUUUCGCAAUCUAUACAGAUUUUCGCCUGCCGCUCUCCAGUCUCCCUGAGGAAUAAACACAGACACGCACACAGCCCCCCCCCCCCCAAAAAAAAGCUACCAUCCAGGCGCAAUUUUCUUACUGUCAAGAGUCCGGCGAUUUAUGGAACAGGACCCGUCCCAGGCGCUCAGAACGGCACAACUGAAGCGCCGUGCCUCUGUACGCGCCAGCAAAGUGUGUGGGUGUUUGUGAGUUUGUGUGUGUUUAAUCGUGCAAGUGUUUGUGCGUGUUGGCGCGGUCGUCGCCAAGCGGCGUAAUUUUUUGCCGCUGUCAGCGUUGUUAUAUCCCAGUUAAAUUAUUUCCUUUGCGGCAGAAGCGCUUGCGUGUGACGUUUCCGCGAUAGCUAAUUUUAAUGUCGUGUUUUCGCUUUGUCCCCUCCCCCCCCCGCCCCCGCACCACCACCCUCUUCUCCCACCCACGUUCCCAAUCCCUUCCCGCAUCCUUUACUUUUGAUAUUUGCACUGUUCGGGAGGGAAACUACGCAUCGCUAAAUAAGAGCUGACGUAUGCCGCGGGUCGAAAUAACCGCAUGAUAAUGAAGACGUUGUUUCAUUUCCUUUUUUCUUUUUCUUGUCAUUGUCCUCGCAGCUCUUUUUCAAGCGUGUGAAACUUUGUAAAUACACCCUACGAGGAUCAAUUUGUGCCUGGUGUUUUUAUGUCAGACUGAAGUUGUUUGCUGAUAUUGGUAUUUUUGCAUACUGAAAAUAAAUAAAAAUAU